AUGCCACCGCGAGCUUCCCUGACCAGUUCCUUUUCCGUCUCCGACGUCAACAAUGAAGUCGUCUGUCCCUUGACCAACAAUGACGGCUCCAAUUGUCGCAAACGAUGCUUGGGCGAAAAACGCUACCGCUCUAUGCAAGAGCACAUCCGCCGUGCCCAUCCAAACCACUACAUCCCCAAGCUGCCCGCAACUGAAGAAAGCUUCCAGCUUAUGGUGAACACCCGCCCAGAGCAGAGGUCACAUGGCCUUCCGCAGCCCAACACUUCCCAUCCGCGACGGGGUCCUGGUGACCCUGGCGAUAGGGAUAUCUUUGGUACUGCACACGAUCGAAGCUCUCCCAGGACUCCUCGAACGCUUGAUGAAGCGCAUCCAGCUGCAGCUACUGCGGCUGUUGCGUUGGCGCAGCUUCAUCAUCAUCGGUUGACGGGAGAUUGGGAUUCUGAACCAGACAUCCACUCUGACAUUGAUAUCCGUCGCGACCGCAUGCGCUCCUCGAUUGAACUCCCCCCCCUCCGCGACCAUUUCAAACAACAACGUCACCAACAAGACGCCACAAUCCCCCCCUUCCAAUCCACUUCCUCUGUCUCACGACCACGCGAACUCCUCCCUUCUAUCCUCUCCCACUCUCCGCCAGGCCGCUCCUCGACACUGCCUCCCAUCCAACGGCGGGAGAAGCUCCAGCGUUCACGUAAGGGUUCUUUGACACAGUCUGCGCGGAGGGCUCGGCAUGAACGAAAUCGAUCAAAGGAGUUUGGACGCAGACCUAGCUUGAAUGAGCGGAAGGCAUUGUCCGCUGAACCGCAGACGGCGGCCUGGGUACAGGGGAAGAGGUGGGAGGAUUUGAUCGAGGCGGCGACGUCCGCAACUGAGGUUGAUGAUCGGGAUUUGACGCCGGUUUCCAAAUCUCCCCAAUUCAACGUUUUCAACCAUAACGUCACAUCCGCCCCUUCAACGACAAAACACCGCUCCUCCCUCCCACCCGCCUUCCAAUCCUCAUCAAUACCAGGCCUCCCAACCCCGCAACCGCACUACCGACAACUCCCACCGCCCUCGCUCUCCUACACAGCCUCCCCCCUGCAAAAAGCCCUAACUCCACCCCCAUACGAACCCCACAACAGCAACCCCAACCCUAAUGUCGCAGACAACGAUCUGGAACCCUUCCCCUCGAUUGAAUCGUCCCUGGACUCCACCUCCACCUCCUCAAUCUCCAUCUCAACCUCCAUAUCCGGCAAAAACUUCCACAUGUCCUCCACAGGCCUCGCAUCGGGAACGUCAAAUAACUCAGACUCCAGCCCCAUCCAGCCCCCCGCGCCACGGCCAUCACUCCCAAGCUCAUCAUACAACACGCACAACCCUUCGUCGCAUCCGCAGCAGUUGCAGAAUCACCACCACCACCAUCACCACCACCACCAGCAGCAGCAACAGCAUUACCAUCACCUCCACAACCCCAACCACCAUCCCCACCACCGCCUCUCAAACCCCACCCCCCUUUCCUCCUCCAGCAUCACAUUGGCCGGAAACAAAGACAUACAAAUCUACUGCGCCUGCUGCUCGCGCCCCUGGCCCGUCCGCGACUGUUUCGCUUGCACGAACUGUAUAUGCGGCGUGUGUCGUGAGUGUGUUAGCGUUGUUAUGGGCGGCGGAGGAGGGGGUGGCUUGCAGACGACGAGCGCUGGGCAGCCGGCGUCGAUUUUGAAUCUGAGCGGCGGCGCCGAUGGGGAUGGUGGUGCUGGGAAUGGGAAUGGGAAUGGGGUGAGGCAGGAAGGUAUGCAGGUUCAGGGGCAGGGACAGAAGGGAUGUCCGCACUGUGGGAUUGUGGGGGGAUUGUGGAAGGGGAUUCAGUUGGAUUUUCGGUGA